AUGAAAAACAUUGACAUUAAUACACAGAAAAUUUUAGAUAAAUUUCCAGAACUCUCUGACGGAAUAGGGUGUUUGCAAAAUUAUGAACAGUCAUUGCAUGUUGAUCGUACAGUUACCCCUAUUGCACAACGCCCUCGAAGAGUCCCUUUCCAUUUACGAAAGCAAGUUUCAGAUAAACUAGAAGAAUUACAAAGUCUCGAUAUUAUUGAACCUGCCGAAGGACCUACUUCAUGGGUAUCACCCAUAGUAGCUGCUCCCAAACCACACAAUUCAGAUGAAAUCAGAUUAUGCGGAGAUUACCGUAGAACAAAUCAGGCAUUGUUAAGGGAGAGACAUCCAAUCCCAACAGUUGAUGAGUUAAUGGAAGAAAUGUCUGGUGCUGUCGUGUUUUCUAAGCUAGACCUCAAAGCAGGAUACCAUCAGAUAGUCCUAGAAGAGAACUCGCGUAACAUUACCACUUUUUGUACACACAAGGGGUUGUUUCGGUAUAAGCGCCUGCCAUUUGGUCUGUCAUGUGCUUCAGAAGUAUUCCAAAAUGCAAUACAGCAAGCGCUCCAAGGUCUACACGGCGUACGAAAUAUCGCAGACGAUAUUAUUGUAUGGGGUAAAACCCAAACCCAGCAUGACAAGAAUUUAGAAGCACUGUUACAGCGAUUA